GUAUUAUGUCGCAUCCUUAUCUAUGGUACCAACAUUGUGCUUUAUGCCAACAUAAUUCGAUAGGGUCGCCGGUACUACUUUGCUUGAUCAUCAGUGAGGUGAGCUCAAGUGAUAAUUUGGUGAUAACAUCUUGAUCUUGAGAAAGUCACCUUCACCACCACUGCGAAUUGCCCUUCAUCAACGGAACAAUGACCAUCAUGGCUGCUCCCGCCGACUAUCAGGUCAACAAUGCGAAUCCACCACAAAUAGGGAAUCAUGGGCAAGUUUCAAAUCGAAGAUACCACUAUAAUCUUUGCUUGGGUAACUUCCGUUGCAACGCAGUAAGAACUCCUCCGCCUCCAAUUGCCUCGUCCAGAGCCACAUUAUGUCUGUUCAACAGAGGAUUUUCUCCUUUCAAAACAUACCAGACCACUGUUUGGGUUACGUUGUUUAUCUGCGUAGGCUCGUCGAUGGAUUUAUUUCUCAGUCUCCUAUUUGCAUGCAAGCCACUAUCAGCAAGUUGGGAUCCGACCUUGGCUCAGACUUCAGAAUGCCUAGAUAGGGGUGCUAUAUAUGUGGCAACUGCGGGAAUCGGCGUCCUCACAGAUGUCUUAAUGCUGGCGCUUCCGAUCUUAAUUGUUAUUAGUCUCGAGAUUCCUCUCAGACAAAAGAUAAUCCUAGUCGGGCUAUUCGCAGUCGGAUCAGCGACGUUGAUCACUUUCAUCGUGCGACUCGUCAUCUUACUACAAAGUUUUGCCAAACAGGACCAGGCAUAUGCACUCACGAAGGGUACACUCUGGAUGUAAGAACAUGAUCCCAGAAACAUGAACUUUCCGCUUGUUAUGACACCAAGAUGCAUUGAGUCGAAUCUACCG